AUGUUAGAUGGUAAUUGUCGCCAAGCUGAUCAAAAACGUGAACAAUUAUUGAAACUAAACGAAAAAGUUAUCAUUUCUUUAUUAGAUGCAACAAGAUUUUUAGCAAGGCAGUCAUUAGAUUUUCAAGGUCACAAUAAUAAUCCAGAUUUAGUUGUUAAACAUGGUAGCAUAAUUAGUGUUGAAUAUGUUAAUUGUUUUGGAAUACUACAAGAAUUAUACAAAUUUUUUUCUGGAAGUAUGAAACGUCAUGCAUUAUUGUAUAAAAAUUUAUAUGAAACAGAAUACGGUUUAUUAAUUAAAGAUCUAUCAAAAACUCGCUGGUCUGAUCGAUAUAAUUCAAUUAGUGCAGUAUUAAUAUCAUAUAAAGAAAUUGUUGAAACACUUGAUGAUUUAAGUGUAAAUGAUCAGAUCAGAUCAGAUAGGUGCCUUAUCUGUUGCAGACGUUGGCUAGCAUGA